AUGGUGCGGCAUUUCGCGGUUGAAUGUGCUCCUUCAACUGCUCCUGCUUCUGUUCUUCCGCAGUGCCCUCACCUUUCUCCCCCGUUCUUCCCAGAUUUUAUGGAUACCGAAGGCUCUGUCAGCUCUAGCAUUUGGAAAGGGAAAGCCAAGGCUACAGACUUGGAUUAUGAAGACAUCAAUUCUCCGAUAACAUACCGACAUCUCUUGUCUAACAAUCUCGGAGUACGCGAUCCUUUACGCGUGGUAGCUCUCUGCGAUAGCGACGCGUUCUACGCUGCAUGUGAACAAGUAAGACUAGGGGUAGACCCCUCGGUACCUCUGGUAGUUCUGCAAUGGCAAGCUUUGAUUGCGGUGAACUACCCUGCCCGUAGAUAUGGUAUCUCGAGGAUGGACAAUAUCAACGAUGCUAAGAAGAGGUGUCCGGAUCUGAAAGUGGUACACGUUGCUACGUAUAGGGAGGGAGAGAAGGAACCGGGUUAUUGGCCUGACCCUGACACAAUGACACAUAAAGUAUCCUUGGAUCUCUAUCGUCGUGAGAGUGCGAAGAUCAUUCAAUUGUUCAAGGAUGGAUUGCCUGGGGGCGAGAUUGAACGUGCCUCUAUUGACGAAGCCUUCAUCGAAUUUACUCGCCCAGUCCGGGAAGAGAUUCUCAAGCGGUAUCCGUACCUGUCCCAAAUACCUGCUAACGCACCACUCGGAAGAGAUACCCCAUUACCGCCUCCACCUCCGAUCAAUUGGGAUGGACUUGGCGUACUGAUACCUGUUCAUCCACCUCCCUCUGCAGAUGUUUCCAAGCCAAUUUCUGAAGAAACCCCUCCAGGUCAACCUGUUGAAGAGGAACGAACUUGGCACGAUGUCGCAUUGUCCAUAGCCGCUGACCUUAUGGGUAAAAUACGACGAGACAUCCAUGAAAAGCUCGGGUACACGACAUCAGCUGGCAUAGCACGUAAUAAGUUUCUUGCUAAACUCACAGCAUCUUACAAGAAGCCUAAUAGCCAAAGUAUACUGCGUAAUGCUGCGAUACCCAAUUAUCUUAGGCCAAUGCCGUUUCAGAAGAUUAGAUUUCUUGGAGGCAAGCUUGGCAAGGCUUUGGCUGAAGAGUACGAUGUAUCUACAGUCGGCGACCUACUGACGAUCACCCUAGAGGAAAUGCAGCGCAAAUUCGGCGAGAAUUCCAUAUGGGUUUAUGAGUUGUUGCGCGGGAUUGACCGAUCGGAAGUGAAGGAGAAGCCGCCUGUCACUAAGAGUAUGCUCGCAUCUAAGAACCUACCGCAACCAAUUGUAAACACUGCCCAAGGCCAUCACUGGAUACGGGUUUUGGCCGCGGAACUUGCUUUGCGUCUCAAGGAAGGGAGAGAAGCGAUACCUGCACUAUGGCCAAAGACAAUUGUUUUACAUGCCCGACAAGGCUACGAACAGUCACGUUCAAAGCAGGCGCCAUUCCCAUUCACUCGAGAACCUUCGGUAGAUGUCAUAGCGGCAGCCGGUGACAAGCUGUGGAAAGAGCUCGUCGGCACAGAUGAGUCUAGGGCCACACCCAUGAAGAUAUCCAGCGUCCAGCUAUCGUUCACCGGUAUUGAUUCUAUGGAAACUGGUCAACGAAAUAUUGAAGGGUUCUUCAAACCUCGCUCUUCAGAUGAUCGCCUUGUACAGGCUGUCAAGCGGAAGAGAAAUUCAAGCGCAGGGGCUUCUAGGCCUAUCUCAAUAGCCAGAACAGCGGACGGACAAGCAUCUAAGAUUGAAUCCUCUAGGUUUAAUUCGUUUAUGUGCGAACGCUGUGGCCGCCGCGUUGCAUUGACAGACGAGCUACAUAGUCUGGACGAUGAUAUCAAGCAGGAAGCUUUGGCAUCGCUCCGUGUAGAGCAUGAUGAUUUCCAUUUUGCCCAGGACCUGGCGAAGGAAUCCCAUUCCGACUCACCUAAACGCGCUAUCAGACCUCAGAGCUCGACAUCCAGCACCGCCAAGCCUCCGCCAAAGAAGAAGAGAAAGUCACAGGAGAAGGGUAUCGCUCGAUUCUUUGACAAGAGCUGACUCUCGUGAGGCUUUUACAUAUUCUAGUUAGACUUACCGCCUGAUCGCAAUUGUACUCAUCUAACUUGCUCUGAAGAUAGAGGGUAACAUGCCAAGCUAGUAGAACGUCAGAUUCGUAUCGCAUACUGCAUUCAGGAGGCUUAUUAUGUUGAUGAAUGACGACCAACUCAUCGCUGAUGUCCACAUCGGACAGCGUUUCCAGCGCUACGGACAUUUGAUGUGAUUUCGAGCAUCCCUGCCUGUCCAAUUCACUACAAUCCUUAUGGCAGAAAUCCACGUCGCUACCUUUACCUUCAGUCUAUUCUUUCCCUUUACGUGAUCAUACUGUACUUGUCGGUAUCGGUUACUCAGAGGGUGACUAGCUUGCUCAACGAGCAACCUCAUC